UUCAUUUACCUUGGCGCCAGUUAAAUUUGAGUUUGUGUAUUGUCGGGAGAAAAAUAUGUACAUAGUAGAGUGUCUACAAAUUAUCCCGUUUGAAAACAGUCUUUUUACCGCAACGCAGUUAAUGUAUUUGAGCACCUACGUGUAGGGUCAGUUAUGAAUGACGAGGAUAAUUCUACCAUUAAAGAUAUUGAUAACUUAAGUUUCAUUUUAAGUCAAUUGUCCAUUUGUGAUAAAGAUGUACAUAGAUGCAUAAAUGACGUUUUUACUAAAGAAGCUUUGUAUUGCAAGAGGCAGGUUUCGAUGCCUUUAUUUUUCAUGAAUUAUUUGCAUUUUGCACUGAGAAUUGUGGGAAUUGUUUUCAAAUAUAUUUUGGCGUGCAUUUUCACGAUUGUGUUUAUGUAUUUAUUAAUUACAUCUCAUAAUACUGUACAAAAAUUUGUCAUGAGAAAUUGUCAAAAUUAUAUUUAUCCAACAAUGCGUACUCUUCGGAUCUGGACAUUGCCACUCCUACAGCGGUACGAAUUUCUUUCAGAUUGGCAUGAAGAAGAAUGUUUAGUUAAAAAUCCUUUUUAUUACGAAUUACCUUUGGAUUGUUGGCCAUGUGAAGAUGUUAGAACUUUAGUGGAUUUAACUGGCUUCAACAACUACAGUAAUGAUUAUGUGUACAAUGAGCAGCCUUUCAUUGUCAAAGAUAGUUUAAAUAUUCCUGUAUCAUUUAAUGACUUGCUAAUGCUAUACGAGGAACAUAACAUUGUGCUUGAUAGUGGCACAGCAAAAUUCUUAUGUAGUGAAUCAGACUUCUGUUCACCUAGAGAUGUCUUUACUAAAAAGGCUCCAGCCAAAAAUGCAUUUCAAGUGAUGUGGAAAAUUAAUCGCGUUGCUGCAGCUCGUGUAGUUAGAAAAAUCUUUCCUCGUCCGUACUUCAUUCCAAAUAGUAGCGAAGUGGCCUUAGAACGUUACUUGUAUCUUAGUGGAGCAGAAGCGCCUCAAUUCUUCUUGCCUUUAACAGAUUUUGCAAAUGUUUGGGUGGCUCAGGGUCAAGGGUAUCGGCUCAUAGUUUUGGAUCCAUCUGAACCAUGCAUAUCAAAUUGUUCUACAGUUUCUGUACUCCUUCGCCCUAGAGAUGUUUUGUAUUACAACUGGCAGUUUUGGAGACCUCGAUCGCGUCCAGCAAAUUUCUCUGAAGAUAUAAGUAUAACUUACGUUGGCUCCUUUUACUAAUUCUUGUGAUGCUAUUACAUAUGUAAAUUUUAUGUGAAUGUAAAAGAGACCAAAGAAACUUCGGAAGUGUAAUAGUUUUAUAUAUUUCUUGAACUUCAAUAAAAUAUAACUGGAGUAA